UUUGAAGCAAAAAAAAAAAAAAACAGAGGGUUAAAUAAACGGUUCGGCCCCAUCGUUUUAAAAAAGGCGUGACGUUUCAGCCCUCGUCGACGUCUUUUCACACCCUCCCUCGCAUGUUUGGUCGAGAAACAUAACAAUGUCCCCGCCAGGAGCUUCGAACGAGGAUAAGAAAACCCACCGCGAAGAAAUGAAGGUGUGACUACAACGGGCGCAGAGUGUGUGUGUGCAUGCACGUUCCUGCGAAAGAGUGAGUGGUGUAGCAGCUGACCGCUGCAACGUAAUGCCAAGAUGCUGCUGUCCCUGGGAAUGCUGAUGCUGUCGGCCACACAGAUCUACACCAUCUUCACCGUCCAGCUCUUCGCCUUCCUCAACCUGCUGCCCGUGGAAGCCGACAUUUCUGCCUAUUCGUUUGACAACAAAACCGACACCUUUGAUGACCUCCCUUCACGCUUUGGGUACCGACUACCCAGCGAUGGAUUGAAGGGUUUCCUGAUUGGUGCACGGCCAGCCAAUGCGUGCGAGCCCAUCGAGCCCCCUCCCAGGGACAACUUGACAGGAGCCUUCAUCGUCCUCAUCAAACGCUUUGACUGCAACUUUGAUAUUAAGGUCCUCAAUGCACAGAAAGCUGGGUACAAGGCAGCCAUCGUUCACAAUGUGGACUCUAAUGACUUGAUCAGCAUGGGCUCCAAUGAUUUGGAUGUUCUGAAGCAGAUAGAUAUUCCCUCAGUAUUUGUGAGCGAGGAUACCGCCAACACUCUGAAAGCGGAAUACCUGUAUGACAAAGGCGGACGUGUGAUCCUCAUGCCCGACUUUAGCCUGCCGCUGGAAUACUACUUGAUCCCCUUCCUCAUCAUCGUGGGAAUCUGCCUCAUCCUCAUUGUGGUCUUCAUGAUCACAAAGUUUGUCCAAGAUCGACACAGGGCCAGGAGGAGCCGCCUCCGCAAAGAUCAAUUAAAGAAACUUCCAAUCCACAAGUAUAAAAAAGGAGACGUCUACGACGUGUGUGCCAUCUGUCUGGACGAGUACGAAGAAGGGGACAAACUGAGGGUCCUGCCAUGUUCUCAUGCCUACCACAGCAAGUGUGUGGACCCCUGGCUGACCAAGACCAAGAAGACGUGUCCCGUGUGCAAGCAGAAGGUGGUCCCCUCGCAGGACGACUCCGACUCGGACGAGAGCGGCGGCGAAGAGAACGAGGAGGCGUCGGAGAGCACGCCCCUGCUGCGCUCGCUGGCCUCCACCAGCGCACACUCCUUCGGAACCAUGUCCUUGGCGUCCCCCUCGGACCAGGACCACGAGUCGUCCUCGGAGUACGAGUACGAGCUGGACCACAGCAGCAACAGCGAGGGGGAAGAGGACCAGGUCACCGUGGAAACGGUGGUGGUUCAGAUGCAGCAGUCAAGUCCUGACAGCCAAGAAGAGCUGCUCCAAGCCUGAAAAACUACUUUCAACAACAUACAGGCCAACUGUAUGUAGACUCUAUAUAUACAUAUACAUAUAUACAUACAUAUACACACUACAUGGUGCAGGAAGCACUGCAAACUUAGGAUUUAUUGUACAUACUCUGAUCAUGCACCUUCCAUCCAGCCUUUUUUUUCACUAGACUGAAACACAUUUACCAAGGACUAGCAGACAAGUCUUACAAGAUUGGAAUGUUAACACAUUCCUAUGAAGGAGGGGAAAAUAUUCAGAUAAAUUCUAUUUUAAAAAAUUAGGGGAAAAGUAGCUGCAAUGUUCCAACUAAAUUUACAUUUCUCAGAGAUUACUAGUCCAGUGGUUCUCAACCUUUUUUCAGUGAUGUACCCCCUGUAAACAUUUUUUUAAUUCAAGUACCCCCUAAUCAGAGCAAAGCAUUUUUUGGUUGGAAAAAAAGAGAUAAAGUAAAAUAGAGCACUAUGUCAUCAGUUUGUGAUUUAUUAAAUUGUAUAACAGUGCAAAAAUAUUGCUCAUUUGUAGUUGUCUUUCUUGAAAUAUUUUGAAAAAAAAAAGAUAUAAAUUGAAAAAUAAACAAGUGAUUCAAUUAUAAAUUAAAGCUGCAAGCAGAGUUGGUCGGGUCCGCCUUUGGCUGCUGCCCCCGUGACCCAAGCCCUGCUCUAAAAGUCAGACCUACAUAGAGGAUUUUGUUUCAUGUCUGUAUGACAUUCCUAACAGAAGUUACAAGCAGUUUUGUCUGGGUUUUUUCCUAGGGGGCAUUAGAGCGCAAUUUUGAUUUUUGGGGUUUGGUUUUUUUAAUCGGAUAGCAAUUUUUGCCAGUCCCGAUGUGUGUAAAAUAGUGUGAGUUUUGAAGCAUGUUAAGGGGGUCAAAUUACAGAUUGGCGUUUCUGGAUGUUGUUGAUAAAUGGUUGUGCUUGGCAUAGUAGAGCUUUAACUUGCACUUUGAAGCAUUUUAAGGGGGUCAAAUUACAGCAAAAAGUAGCAAAAAUUACAUUUUUUAGGAGACUUUGCGCUGGGGUUCUUUGAAGGCGCAUAAAAUCAAAACCGGAGCAGUAAUCAAAAAUCUGGGAAUAACUUUUAAUCAGAAGGGUUCAAUCUCUCUCCUGUGCGAAACGACAAACGCACUCAGAGGAGAUAACGUUUGAAGAAAGGUGACGGGUUUUUACAAAACUUUUAUUUUGAAGGGGUAAUUUUUAACUUCCUGUUGAUUUUUGCCGAAGGAUGUCGAUUAUCUAAAUGUAGGUCUAAGUGAGACCUACAUAGAAGUUUUUGUUUCAUGUCUUUCCGACAUUCCUACUGGAAGUUACAAUUUUGUUUGUGUUUUCUUCCUAGGAGCAGUUUUUGCUGUGUUUUAUUCAAAAAUUGCGCUAGAGCAAAAUUUUGAGUAUUGGGAUUUGUUUUUUUUUAUUAGAUCGCAAUUUUUGCCAGUCCUGACGUGUGUACCAAGUUUGGUGAGUUUUGAAGCAUUUCAAGGGGGUCAAAUUACAUCUCAAAGAGGCAAAAAUAGCUUUUUUUUUUGCGAAAAUUUUGCUUUGAAUGGGUUUUUGCAAAAUUUUUGUUGAUUUUUGUCCUAGAAGAUACGAUUAUGAAAUUUAGGUCCAAGUCAGCCCUACAUAGAGGUUUUUGUUUCAUGUCUCUACUACAUUCUUAACGGAAGUUACAAGCAGUCUUUUUUUUUCUCCCAGGGGGCGCUAGCGCGCAAUUUUGAUUUUUGGGGUUUGGUUGCUUAAUAAGUUGGGGAGGUUUGCUGUACCGAUGUGUGUGUAAAAUUUGGUGAGUUUUGAAGCAUGUUAAGGGGGUCAAAUUACAGAUUGGCGUUUCUGGAUGUUGUUGAUAAGUGGUUGUGCUUGGCAUAGUAGAGCUUUAACUUGCACUUUGAAGCAUUUUAAGGGGGUCAAAUUACAGCGCAUAAGUGCGGAAUAAAGAAAGAAAGAAUAAUAAUAAAACGCACCAGUUUCAAUAGGGUCCUUGGCCCAUUGCCAAGGACCCUAAAAAAGAUUUCUACACAUAAAAGUGCCCUCUUUGAUCCAUCUGGAUUCAUGAACUUAAUUCUAAACAUUUCUUCACAAAAAAUAAAUCUUUAACAUCAAUAUUUAUGGAACAUGUCCACAAAAAAAAAAAAACUGUCAACACUGAAUAUUGCAAUGUUGCAUUUUUUUUCACAGGUUAUGAACUUACAUUCAUAUUUUGUUGGAAGUAUUAUUCAAUAAAUAUAUUUAUAAAGGAUUUUAGAAUUGUUGCUAUUUUUAGAAUAUUUUUUUAAAAAUCUCACGUACCCCCAUUAGAGAACCACUGUACUAAUAUGGCUAUAGAAAAUAAUAUUCAAUCUUUCAUGAAUAAGUCAUUGCAAGACAACAUUGGUGUAGUAUGAGGCAAGUAAUAUGCAUAUUUUGAAUUCUCAAAUUUAAUGAAGUGUACAAAAAAAUCGUAACAUUGCAAGAAGAAUGAUUAAUGUGGAUCCCGACUUUAAACAAGUAUAAAAACUUAUUGGGGUGUUACCAUUUAGUGGUCAAUGUGCAAUCUACUAAUAAAAGUUUCAAUUUAAUGAAGUACGUAGAAAAAAAUCUUAAAAAUGCGAUGAGUCAAUAUUUGAUUAAUUUACUAAAGUCUCCAAAAGAUUAGCACAGUAUUACAAUAAAUGGAGAAAAAAAGUCGAUUUGGGAGAGUGAUAUUCUGACGUAAUUAUAGAAUAUCGGACGAGGAAAAACUGGAACACGACUAGCAUUUCAAUAGGAUAAUGGACGUAACGAGGGAGAAGUGCUUGUUUUUACACUUAAGAAAACAUAUUUACAAUCAAUAGAAAUUUCUGGGGUGGAUGUCAGGUAAUAGAAUUGUCAAAUAAAUUAUUGCAAGUAUUAAAAGUACAUAAACUAGUCUUAAAAGUGCAAUUUUAGGAGAAAUUAUUUUGAAAAGCCAAAAUUCCAACAGAAACCUAAACACAUUGUGAGAACAUGCUGUUCCAUUUAAUAGCUUGGUUUGUAAGAUUUUCAAAAUAAAAUCACUUUUGCCUCAUAUGAAAAGCCAGAAUUCCAACAGAAACCUAAACACAUGAGAACAUGCUUUUCCAUUUAAUAGCUUGGUUUGUAAGAUUUUCAAAAUAAAAUCACUUUUGCCUCAUUUGAAAAGCCAAAAUUCCAACAGAAACCUAUUAGACACGUUGUGAGAACAGGUUUUCCAUUUAAUAGCUUAGUUUGUAAGAUUUUCAAAAUAAAAGGAAUUCUGCCUCAUUUGAAAAGCCAACAUUCCAACAGAAAAACACAUUGUGAGAACAGGUUUUCCUAAGAUUUUCAAAAUAAAAGCACUUCUGCCUCAUUUGAAAAGCCAAAAUUCCAAAAGAGACCUAAACACGUUUUUCCAUUUAAUAGCUUUGUAAGAUUUUCAAAAUAAAAUCACUUUUGCCUCAUUUGAAAAGCCAAAAUUCCAACAGAAGCCUAAACACAUUGUGUGAACAGGUUUUUCCAUUUAAUAGCUUGGUUUGUAAGAUUUUCAAAAUAAAAGCACUUCUGCCUCAUUUGAAAAGCCAAAAUUCCAACAGAAACCUAUUAGACACAUUGUGAGAACAGGUUUUCCUAAGAUUUUCAAAAUAAAAUAACUUUUGCCUCAUUUGAAAAGCCAAAAUUCCAACAGAAACCUAAACAUUGUGAGAACAUGCUUUUCCAUUUAAUUGCUUGGUUUGUAUGAUUUUCAAAGUAAAAGCAAUUUUGCCUCAUUUGAAAAGCCUAAAUUUCAAAAGAAACCUAAACAAAUUAUGAAAACAUGUUUUUCCAAUAGCUUUGUAAGAUUUUCAAAAUAAAAUCACUUUUGCCUCAUUUGAAAAGCCAAAAUUCCAACAGAAACCUAAACAUUGUGAGAACAUGCUUUUCCAUUUAAUAGCUGUUUGUAAGAAUUUCAAAAUAAAAUCACUUUUGCCUCCCAAAACGAUCAAUGUUAGCGGUGAUGUUAGUCCUUGGUAAAAGCCAAAUGUAUCACUGAUGAAGGAACUGUUUGUCUGUGCUAACAUUGCUUUAACAUUAACCACUUGUCUCUUCUUUCGCUUGAAAAAUAAAAGACACGUACUUUA